AAAACAAAAUGGUGGUUCUUCGAGCCCAAGUAAUUUUUGCAGGUGACCCAUGUGUGGGUAAGAGUGCCCUAACACAAACAUUUCACAGCGAUGGUACACACUUUCCGAAAAAUUAUACAAUGACGGCAGGAGUGGAAGUGUGCAUUAAGUCUGUUAACAUCCCAGAGACUUCUGACAGUGUGGAACUCUACAUUUAUGACUCUGCAGGAAAAGAAAUGUUUGCAGACAUAGUACAACAACAUUGGACACAGCCAAACAUGUUCCUUGUGGGUUAUGAUGUGACAAAUGAACAGUCAUUUAAUGCCUGUAACAAGUGGUAUGAGAGAUGCAGAGCAAAAAAACCAAACCAAAGUUUACCAGGUGCCCUGGUUGCCAUUAAAACAGACCUGAAACAAAGACGAUUAAUAUCAACAAAACAAGGCAGAGAUCUUGCCACUUCUAAAGGGCUUGAAUACUUUGAGUGCUCUGCAAAAGACCAUGAGAACGUGGAAGCUCCAUUCUACUACUUGGCUAAAGAGUUUCACAAUCUUUACAAGGAGAAAGUUGAACAGAUGAAGACAUUGACAUAGGACUUUCAUUUUCGUCGUGUUCUCUCCUUGAUGAGAGGGGAGGUCGAUCUUUUCAUUGCACAACUUUUAUUUAUUCCGAAAAGCGUUCUUGAAAAUAGAAGUGUCUACCUUUCUUCGACUCAAGGGACUUAUAUUAGGGUUUAGCUUCUUGAGGAUAUUUCAGCCCAAUCUCUUAAAGUUAGUUUAUUUAUAUACUGGCAAGUUCUAGUUUAUGUUUAGUGUUUAAGCAUUCUGGGAACGCAUGCAGCUAUCAUUCUACUCAAUCCAUGAGAAUUGACUCAUAAGCUAUGUUUUCACCUUGCUUGAGGCAAGGUCCUUCACGUUAAAAAUGUUAAAUGAUAUUGAUAUAUAAAUGUAUCACUAUUUUAACACAUUUCUGUAAGGUCCAAAGAGAUUAUAUUAACUGAUACUCUCUUAGAGGAAGAUCGGAAAAUGUUGAAAAAGCAGAUAUAAAAACCUAAGAUAGCGUUAGUGAUCAUUUUUUUAACCCUUUCCAUCUUAGCAUUUGUGUUCAUAUUCUCCACACUGUCUCUUUACAUUUCCAAUGAUAAUAACAAGGAGAAUUUGUGUGACAAUCAGGAGCUUCUUAAAUUGGUGAUCCUUCCCUUCAUUCUCAUGACCGUUACAUUAUAUUCAAGGGUGGUAUUGUAAGGAGACAUUAGAAGCCAGACACUCUUAGGGUUUAUGGAUUAAAGAAGUUUCGUUUAUCGGUCACAAAUCCGCAGGCUUGACAGUUUGAACCCCAUGACACAGUAUGAUGUGCCGAGUAAAAGUACCAUUCAGUAGCUAUAAAUCGUUUAGUUAUUGCAGUAUAAACCAUAAUAUACGUUUCCUUCAAAUGUUUUAAUUAAAAAAUUAUCCUCGCGAGUGGACCCCAGAUGCAGGAAAGAAGCCUGGAGGCUUCGUAGCUCAGUUGCAAGUAGCGUCCAACUAGUAUCCGGGAGGCAUGGGUUCGAAUCCCGUGCAAGCCUGAAUAUUUUUCAAGGGGGUAAGUUUCUAAAGAAACUGUGGUGCUACGUUAGUGGGAAAGUAUAACAUGGUAAUUUAAUAAAAUCAACUGAGUUGAUAACGUAACUUGGCCACCGUAAAGAGUUUCAAAGUUGACGUUUCGAGCGUUAGCCCUUCGUCAGAGCGAAUGACGCAGUUGGACUGCAAUUCAAGAAAUUUCAGAAGAGAAACAUCAAAAAAUGUUCAGGGUAAUUUAGUAUUAUCAA